CCUAAGUUGUCAAAAGACCUGAGAUUUGUUAAUUCUACCUUCGAUAUUAAAAUAAAAUAAACUAUAGAAAUUGAAAUAGAAUGUUAUACGGAAUCGUAAAUAUUUGUUGGAUUCCGUUAACGGGAUUUAUUUCAUUCUUGAUUAUUUUAUCAGCAAUCAACAAAUCUGUUGGUGUUCGGAAGGCGUACGUUUCCCUUCUCUUAAGGAUAUUUGAGUAUGGCCGUGUCAGCAUAGAGUCGGCUUCAAAUGAAAAUUCGAGGAUCCCCGAAAAAAAGAAAGAUACCGAUGAAAAUCUUCGUUUGGAACCAAUAAAGGGCGAGGACUCAAACGAAGUAUCCAGUGGAGCAGGGCUUAUAACCCGAGAUGCGGUUCUACUGCCUCAAGCUCAGGAAAUUACUAAUGAUAAGCCUAAUUUGACUGAAAAGGAGGAAAUAAAUUUCGAUUUGGAAAAUUGUUUAGAUUACGUGAAGUCUGGCGUAGAAGCUAUUAUCGAAGACGAUGUUACCUCACGUUUUCAGGCUGAAGAGCUUAAAAGCUGGAACAUGCUGACGCGAACUAACCGACGUUAUGAAUUUAUAUCCUGGAAAAUAACGCUUAUAUGGAUGGUUGGAUUUGCAAUUCGAUAUUUUAUAUUAAUGCCACUUCGCGUCUUAGUGUGCUUUAUUGGUGUUUUAUUUGCAGUUGUUACAAACACAGUUGUGGCUUUAAUACCCUAUCGAUUUUUGCGGCACCCCUUAGCGGACCUAUCUUUCAAAAUUACAUUUCGCCUCAUAUCAAGUUCUUUGUCAUCACUCAUAGUAUUUCACAAUAAGCAAUAUAAACCCAAAACUUCUGGGUUUUGUGUAGCAAAUCACACCUCCCCUUUGGACGUGGCAAUACUAUCAACAGACUGUACAUUUUCCUUGGUAGUGUGGUUAACAGCAUGUACAGCUGCUGUGGGAAAUCUAAAGGAUGGCAAUGAAAAACGGGAAAUUGUGAAUAAGGUUCUUGGGCACUGUUUUGGCGUCUUGUCCAGCGCUAUUUCUGCAGUUAUAACUUACCAUAAUGAGGAUAAUCGACCGUCAUCAGGUAUUUGUGUGGCAAAUCAUACAAGCCCUAUAGAUGUACUAGUACUGAUGUGUGAUACGACCUAUUCUCUGAUUGGUCAAAGGCAUGGUGGUUUCCUAGGCGUACUACAAAGAGCACUGGCAAGGGCAUCUCCUCAUAUUUGGUUUGAAAGAGGAGAAGCCAAAGAUCGACAUACUGUUGCAGAAAGAUUAAGACAACAUGUAUCAGAUCCGAAUAAUCCACCUAUUCUUAUAUUUCCGGAAGGCACUUGCAUAAACAAUACUUCUGUUAUGCAAUUUAAAAAGGGAAGUUUUGAAGUUGGCGGAGUUAUAUAUCCCGUUGCCAUAAAAUAUGAUCCUAGAUUUGGUGAUGCGUUUUGGAACAGCUCUAAAUACUCAAUGAUGCAAUAUCUUUAUAUGAUGAUGACUUCAUGGGCUAUUGUUUGCGAUGUUUGGUAUCUCCCGCCUAUGUAUCGGCAGGAUGGAGAAUCGGCGAUAGAUUUUGCUAAUCGUGUUAAGGGUGUUAUAGCAAAACAAGGAGGAUUGGUGGAUUUAGUAUGGGAUGGACAGCUCAAACGAAUGAAGCCGAAAAAGGAAUGGAAAGAAAUUCAACAAGUUGAAUUUGCAAAUCGUUUAAAAUCGGAUUGACUUUAAGUUAAUACUUAAUAAUUUGUAAUUUUCAACAUGAUUUACAAAAUGUAUAAAUAUAUGACA